AAACGGCUCUGGGUCUGCCCAGACCUCAGGUGUGACCCUGAGCCAUUUCUUCUCUGAAUCUCAAGCAGAUGACCUCAGAGGACUUUCACAUGUUCAUGCCAUGAUAGGUGAACUUUUCCAGUAAACAAAACUGUCCCCACCCAGAGUCAGGAGAGCCUCCUGGAAGCCUUCCCCAGGCAGGGCCCCACCCUGGAGUAAAAGCCUCGGAGGACACUGAGGGGCCUGUUCCUGCAGCUGCAGCCUCAGCAGGGCCCUUCAUGCCUGCACCCCCUUCCCCUGGAGUGCCCAGUGAGGGCUGGCUGCUAGGGGAAAUGUCAGGGGGUGCCACAGCACAGCCCCCUCCCCUGUGAAUCCAAUACGGGAGGGCCCUGCCCUUGUUCCUAUUGGGGACGCAGCCAGUAAACAAGGAGACCAGGGUGUGCCCAGGAUGACCUCGGCUGGGGAUAGAUGAGUGGUAGCGACUGGAUGUCCAGGCAGGUGGGGAGGCCUCUGGAUGGGUGACAUUGGGCACCCUCUGGAGACAGAACACCACUCCUGGCUGUACCCUCCUGCUCUUGCCGUUGGGGCCCUGUGACCCUACAAGUGGCCCGUCCUGUUGUGGAUCCUCAAAUUUACAUGCACUGUUUAAGCAUAAGCUUCCCAUUCCACUCUGGCUUUGUUUUCUCUUUACAUCCCUUUGCAAGGACAGGAAUAUCAAAAAAAUGGGCUGAGAGUAACCCUGCUAUGCCCAGGAGUGGCUGCUGCAUGGGGGCUGGAUUUCUUCAUCUGAGUAGCUGUCUCACAGCGCUCUGAACAAAGCUCCUGCCUUAGAACAAUUCGAAGCUGUACAGGUGUGGCCUAUGACACUAAGGAUCUACUGGGCUUUUCCCAUGGGGCUCUAUAGUGAUCUAGGUGCCCAGACCCCUCUUCUAGGCAUCCAUGCAAAUAAACUGUGGCCUGUUUGAAAGUUUAUUGGGCUUACAAGGAACAGUAACCCACCCUCAAGUUAAAAAAGGGUUUGGGAAAAGUAAUUCCAAAUUCUACGUUAUUCCAGGCCAGGACCCGAGGCAAGGCUGGGUCCUGCUUCAUGGGCUAGACCGGGGGAGAGAGUUGAUAGGGCUCCCCCCACUUUCUUCUGGAUGGCCUGGCUCCUUCCUCACCAUCCCUCGGGAAUCUCUCCCCUCCAUCUGCCUGUCUCUCUACAAAGUCUCCCUACUUCCCUGUGGUCCUCCUCAGUCCCAUGAUGCUGGCCAGCAGGCGGUUGGCUUCAGCUUGCCCUGCCACAGAGCUGGCAGUGUGGAGACCCACGUGGCAGGGGAUAAGCCUGGAGCUGGGCAAUCAAGGCCACUGGACUCAGAGGCCACAGGGAACUAUGGAGGGGACGGAGUCAGCUGAGUGAUGGGACAAGAGUCUAACAGCAGCAUGGGUAUGGAGCAAAUGCAAGUCCCCUGUGCAGAGGACCUUUUCAAGGGCAUUAGUGGUGGAGGCAGCAUAGUAACUCCCAAGGUGGAGGGUUUGAGAGAAGAGUUUGAGGACUGGGAAGGUGGGACACAUGACUGGGUGAUGGGAGAAGAGGGCAGAGAAUAGCGAGAUUGCUUUCUUCGCCCACAGAGAAACAGAGGAGUGUGGAUCAUGAAUGGGCAAGAUCUUUAAGUGCCAGGGGGGUCAUGGGGGAGGGGAGGGCCUGGUCCAGAGGAGGACCAUUCCUGCUUCAGAGUCAAGCAGGACCUAGGCUGUGAAGAUUCAGAGUGAGAUGGAGGGGAGAGUCAGCUCAGCUGCCCACUGGCUUGCGUUCCGCCUGUCUCUUUCAUUUUCAUAAUCUACCGAACCCUGCAAUGGGCCAGCCCUGAACGUACAAGUGCAUGUGCAUGGUCAGACACAGGCAAGCAAGCGAAAGCCCGGGGCCUGACACAUGCAUCUGCAGUCUAGCAGGUUUAGCAGGUCAUAGUCCGGCACUGUUUGAUUUUAAAGCCGUUAGGGGAUGACCUUCGAGAGUCCGCAUCACCCGUCUCGCACAAUGAGCCGCCUGUUCAAGGUUCUUGACUGGAAGUUCUACCUUGUAUCUGGCUGCCCGUAGCGGUUUAAGUCCAUUCCCUGUGAGGAGGGUGUGCCACAUGGCUUUGGGGGUCAUGGAGAAGACCCACCUUGCAGAUGCCCUCACGGAGGCUGGCAGAGCCGGCCACCUGCCCAAGGCUGCUCAGCCCAUUCAUUAGGAGCUGGUAGCCUGGAAGGUGUCUUCAUCCCCAGCAUCGGUUCCAGUGGAGCAGCACGUAGCUCUUGCCCUCUGCCUUCCAAGAUUCUGGUGCUGAGACUUACAGAGUGUCUUGGAGGUUACCUUCUGCCCCCCAACCCUGUUCCCAGCCAGCCCUCCCAGGCCUGGGUUUCUGGCCUCUGCUUUAUCAGGAUUCUCAAGAGGGACAGCUGGUUUAUGUUGCAUGACUGUUCCCUGCAUAUCUGCUCUGGUUUUAAAUAGCUUAUCUGAGCAGCUGGAGGACCACAUGGGCUUAUAUGGCGUGGGGUACAUGUUCCUGUAGCCUUGUCCCUGGCACCUGCCAAAAUAGCAGCCAACACCCCCCACCCCCACUGCCAUCCCCCUGCCCCACCCAUCCCCUGUCGUGCAUUCCUCCCUCCGCAGGGCUGGCUCACCAGGCCCCAGCCCACAUGCCUGCUUAAAGCCCUCUCCAUCCUCUGCCUCACCCAGUCCCUGCCGAGGCUGAGCAGACGCCUCCAGGAUCUGUCGGCAGCUGCUGUUCUGAGGGAGAGCAGAGACCAUGUCUGACACGGAAGAGGUGGUGGAAGAGUAUGAGGAGGAGGAGCAGGAAGAAGCAGCUGUUGAAGAAGAGGAAGACUGGAGAGAGGACGAAGACGAGCAGGAGGAGGCAGCAGAAGAGGAUGCUGAGGAUGGGGCUGAAGCAGAGGCUGAGACCGAGGAGACCAGGGCAGAAGAAGAUGGAGAAGAAGAGGAAGCAAAGGAAGCUGAAGAUGGCCCAAUGGAGGAGUCCAAACCCAAGCCCAGGUCGUUCAUGCCCAACUUGGUGCCUCCCAAGAUCCCCGAUGGAGAGAGAGUGGACUUUGAUGACAUCCACCGGAAGCGCAUGGAGAAGGACCUGAAUGAGUUGCAGGCACUGAUCGAGGCUCACUUUGAGAAUAGGAAGAAGGAGGAGGAGGAGCUCGUUUCUCUGAAGGACAGGAUCGAGAGACGUCGGGCAGAGCGGGCCGAGCAGCAGCGCAUCCGGAAUGAGCGGGAGAAGGAGCGGCAGAACCGCCUGGCUGAAGAGAGGGCUCGACGAGAGGAAGAGGAGAACAGGAGGAAGGCUGAGGAUGAGGCCCGGAAGAAGAAGGCUUUGUCCAACAUGAUGCAUUUUGGGGGUUACAUCCAGAAGGCCCAGACAGAGCGGAAAAGUGGGAAGAGGCAGACCGAGCGGGAAAAGAAGAAGAAGAUUCUGGCCGAGAGAAGGAAGGUGCUGGCCAUCGACCACCUGAAUGAAGAUCAGCUGAGGGAGAAGGCCAAGGAGCUGUGGCAGAGCAUCUAUAACUUGGAGGCAGAGAAGUUCGACCUGCAGGAGAAGUUCAAGCAGCAGAAAUAUGAGAUCAAUGUUCUCCGAAACAGGAUCAACGAUAACCAGAAAGUCUCCAAGACCCGCGGGAAGGCCAAAGUCACCGGGCGCUGGAAGUAGGGCCCAGCCUCCUUCACCAAAGAUCUGCUCCUCGCUCACACCUGUCUCCGGCCUGCACUCCCCUAGUUCCUGGGUCCUCCUGGGCACCCCGGACAGCUCCUGUUUGGAAAUGGGGAGCUGGUCUAGGUGGGAGUCACCCCUCCUGCCUGCUCCCACACCCACUUCACACCUGUAAUAAAAAUCCACCACACACUGA